AUUCUCAAGAUGCUGAAUUCGAAGGCCACCGACCAGGGACCAACCUCAACAGCUCCCCACGAUGGUGCCACCGCGCCAUCCCCGGAAGCAGAAGUGAGCUACACUACCGACCAACACUCCCCCAGCUCCGAUUCCUCCUUCCCCCAGUUCCCUCGUCUUCCAAAGGAACUACGCCUUAGCAUCUGGCGCAUGGCAACGACAUCGCACGAGCUGUCGACACCCCCCCGCUGGAUAACCCUCACCCACCAUACCGAGAUGGACCCGACCUCGAGGCUGACGGAGCCCGUCCGUCCGGCGGCUAUCACCGUAUCCCCAUGGGAUCCCAGCACGCUGAAUGCCAGCUACGAAGCGCGAGGCGAAACACUGAAGCUACUCCGCCGCAAAUCGCAGAUCCUAUCCCUCCAUAUAGCCGGCAACGUACCGCCGCUGGAAGUCCCGUUUGACUACGAGAAGGACGUCUUGUACCUGGCUGGCGAGGGGGCUACGCGUCGAGCAGAUGCAGCUCAGAUCAUGAAGUUCUGGUCAACAUCAUCUGUCAUCCCAAAAGAACAGCGAGAGCGGGUCCGCCAUCUGGCGGUCGGAUACGCAGACAAUGCGGGCUUAACGGAGCAGGCAAGAAGAAAUGAAUUCUGCAACGGCCUGGCAGAGUUCACGGGUCUGGAAUCGCUGACUAUUGUUACGAACGGCCGCUGGCAGGGUAUCCGAAAGUGGAUCUACAGUUUCGAAAACACGCAUGGCGCAUGUCCCGGGGUGCUUUUCCGAAGCAUCCUCGCUGAGGUGCAGCGGACUCUCCCAAAUUUCCCAUGGUUCGCAAACUUCAGCUACGUGGAGGACCACAGGGGUUUUCCGAGUGAAGAUGAGUCGGAUGGAGAGUCUACAGAUUACGGUGAAGAGGAUGAUUUCUACGACGAUGGCUAUUGAGAUAAUUCGGAUGGUUCGGAAGCUAAAUAGGGGUAGGCCGUUGGAAAAUCAUACUGAUCGGACUUGCUUCGUCGAGGUUGCGUUACGGAUCCAAGGUCGGGUAGGGGAUAUCAAAACAUAAGCUUACAG